AAUGAAAGCUCGUGCUCCUCCUCCACCAAAUCAACCCUUUGCAGCAAGUCGAAUUCACAGUGAGCACAAGUCACCUGCAGAGACAGCUGUAAUUUCUGAGCAGAGCCUUGUGAGCAUGAAGGAGAACAUGAUAAACAGAUCAGUGGACUUCACAGUCAUUUUACCCAGCGGGGUGGAGCAGAAGAGCACAGUACAAGGAAGUAAAGCUGUGAUGGACCUAUUGGUUGAUUUGUGCAGCCAGUAUCGCUUAAAUCCAUCCCAACAUAGUCUUGAACUGCAGUCUUCGGGAGCUCAACAGCCUCUGAGUUACAAGCCAAACACUUUGAUAGGAGCACUGGAUGUAGAGACAGUACUUCUGAAAGAGAAGGUUCCCGAAGAGAAGACGAAGCGACCUCUGCCAAGAGUCCCCGAGAAAUCUGUCAGGCUGGUAGUGAACUACCUGAAGACGCAGAAGGCUGUGGUUCGAGUUAGUCCAGAGGUGCCUCUCCACAGCAUCAUCCCAGCUAUUUGUGAGAAGUGUGAAGUCAGUCAGGAGCACGUUGUUCUUCUGCGAGAUGGCAUCACUGGGGAGGAGCUGGAGCUUACCAAGUCCUUGGAGGAGCUGGGGAUAAAGGAGCUGUACGCCUGGGACAGAAAAAGAGUUCCUCCGUCAAAAACUCAGUCUGAACCAUCUCUGAACUACAGAGAACCAAGUCGAAAGGCUUCAGUGAGCAAUGAUGCAAUAGAAAAAGAAAAGACAAGACUUCUGGGAUUGUUUAAAGCUGAUAGAAGAAGCAGCAAGACAGAAGAGCACUUGGGGAUGAACAGAGAUUGUGGUGAGGAGGAUGCUUUUAGUUCUGCAUCUACAAGUGAAGGAAGCUUGGAUGGUUUUUCCACAGCACCAAAUUCCCCUUCGGUGAAUUCUCGUUCCAGUAGCCUGGGUCCAUCACUGUCACUUGGUAACAUCUCAGGAAUGACAGCAAACCCAGAAGUGAAAAAGCGCAGAGCACCUCCUCCGCCAGUUGCGACACCUGCACUGCAGAACCUGGAGAUAAGUGGACAAGAAAAGACAGCAGCACAGAUUUCAAAAGGAGCAUCCCUAAACGAUUUACAGAAAAAGAAGAGGCGUGCCCCUCUUCCACCAACUGCAUCUGCUCCACCCACUCCUGCCAUGCCAAACAGGACAGAAGAGAGGGAAGACAAGAGGAAGAGCACAAUGGGUGAUGGACGGCAGGUGCCGCAAAAGCCUCCUAGAGGCACUCGUGGUCCACCCCAGUUAGUGAUCCCCCCACCCCCACCAUACCCUCCUCCUGACAGAGACAUUGUGGAUCCAACAGUCUGUUACAGAGAAGGAGAUGUUACAGCACCAACAGAGCUGGUACCUAAACAGAGCCUGCUGCCUGCACAUGAUGAUGUUAAUGUAGUGGAUGACGUAGUUCUGGAGCUAUCAGAGAUGGAAGAAACGGCAUCGGAAAGCAGCUGUUUUGCGUCUGAGGACACCACGGAAGACUCGGGCGUUGUGAGCUCCCCAUCUGACAUUGUAUCUUUAGAUUCACAAAAUGACAGUGUGAAGUUGAGAGACAUCAAGCUGGUCAAUGGCUACAUGGACUCCACUGAGGCAACUGCAAUGUAUGGCGCAGAGACGUGCCCUGUGAGGAACACCUACGGUGAUAGCGUGGGAUCUGACAGUGCUCCACAGAG